GUUUCGCGGGUUGUGAGGGCGCAGGGCGAGAAUCUCACUUCCUGGUUAAAGAUGGCGGAUGAGAAUGAGACAGCACCGCAGCCGGAGAAAGAAACGGAGGUAGAAGUGGAUCACGGACACUGCAGCAACUGUGAAAAUGAAGAGCAUCACUCUGAUGACGGGGAGAAAGAGGACACAGGUGCCAAGAAGAAGAAAAAGAAACAGAAGAAAAAGAACAAAGACAAGUCUGGAGGAAAAGAUGCAGCACAGGAUCCGCUGGCCAAAUCUCUUCCUCAGGUAAACUCCCUCCCUGCGGAUAAGUUACAGGAGAUCCAGAAGGCAAUUGAGCUGUUUUCAGUGGGACAGGGUCCUGCUAAAACCAUGGAGGAGGCCACACAGCGCAGUUAUCAGUUCUGGGACACUCAGCCUGUUCCUAAACUUGGAGAGACUGUGAUGUCACAUGGCUGCAUUGAGCCAGAUAAAGAUAGUAUACGAGAGGAGCCCUACAGCCUCCCGCAGGGCUUCAGCUGGGACACUCUUGAUCUGGGAAACCCUGCAGUGCUGAAAGAGUUGUACACUCUCCUGAACGAGAACUAUGUGGAGGACGAUGACAACAUGUUUCGGUUUGAUUACUCUCCUGAAUUUCUGCUCUGGGCUCUGCGUCCUCCAGGCUGGUUGCCUCAGUGGCAUUGUGGAGUGAGAGUGGAUUCUAAUCAUAAGCUAGUUGGCUUCAUUAGUGCCAUUCCAGCCAACAUCCGCAUCUAUGAUAUAGAGAAGAUGAUGGUGGAGAUUAACUUCCUGUGUGUGCAUAAGAAACUUCGCUCGAAACGAGUGGCUCCGGUACUCAUCAGGGAGAUCACGAGACGGGUCAACCUGGAGGGUAUCUUUCAGGCGGUGUACACAGCAGGUGUGGUGCUGCCCAAACCAGUGGGCACCUGCAGAUACUGGCACCGGUCCUUAAACCCACGAAAGCUGAUUGAGGUGAAGUUCUCUCACCUGAGUCGAAACAUGACUAUGCAGCGCACCAUGAAGCUCUACCGACUGCCAGAGGCUCCUAAGACUUCAGGCUUAAGGCAGAUGACUGUAAAGGAUGUGCCAGCAGUUCACCGCUUGCUUAAUGAAUACCUGAGUCUGUUUAACCUGGUUCCCGUCAUGAGCCCUGAGGAGGUCCAACACUGGCUGCUUCCUCAGGAGAACAUCAUUGACACAUAUGUAGUGGAGAAUUCAGACGGGAAGUUGACUGACUUCCUGAGUUUCUACACUCUGCCAUCCACCAUCAUGAACCAUCCUGUGCAUCACAGUCUGAAGGCAGCAUACUCCUUCUAUAACGUACACACCACCACCACCCUGCUGGACCUGAUGGGAGACGCUCUUAUCCUUGCCAAGUCGAAAGGAUUUGAUGUCUUUAAUGCACUGGACCUAAUGGAGAACAAAACAUUUUUGGAGAAGCUCAAGUUUGGCAUUGGAGAUGGAAACCUGCAGUAUUAUCUCUACAAUUGGAAAUGUCCCAGCAUGGGGUCAGAAAAGGUGGGUUUGGUUCUACAGUGAUCUAUUCCACCAUCCAUAAUCUGUGUCUCGCAUGAGAGCGAGGCUGAUUUAUGACAUCACACACUGACCACCUUGCCAGAUGUUACCGAUGGACUUCAGGAAGGAGAAUUCACCGCCCAUUUUUAAGUUGAACUUUGAACUCUUGGACCUGCACUACUCCUCUCUCUCUCUCUCUCUCUCUCUCUCUCUCUCUCUCUCUCUCUCUUAUUCUUUCUCUGCUCAUGGACCUAAAGCCAUUGUAAUUACCAUCAUCAGAGAUGAGGAACCUUAAUCUGUUAUGAUUGUUAACAACGGUGCGUGCACACACACAUACACACACACUCAUAGGUAACACCAGACAAGCUCAUGAUGAACCCUGAUGCAUAAGUGUUGCGCUGUUCACAUCAGUAGGUUCAACUCAUUUAGUAUAAGAAGAUUUUACUCUCCGUAUUCAAUGGGAAGUGCUUUUUGCAACAAAAAUGGAUAAAAAUGUUUAUUUCAUAAGUGUUUUAGAAAAGACCAGACAAUAAUCAAAGACACAUCAAUUCCUAAAGAGAAAAAAAAAACAGCAAAUGAGAUAAUAAAAACCCCAAGUGGACAUGACAAGG